AUGAGACUGCACGAUAGUAUUCUGAAUGAUAAGGGGACAGGUUGUGAAGUUCCUCAGCUUGAUCCUUUUUCUGAAGAUACUUUAAAGGAUUACUAUGGCAUGGCGAAGCUCAAAUGUGAAGGGGUAGAAUGGGUGGAAUGUAAUUUAUCAAAGUGUUAUGUGGUCGAAGAGUUUUUGAAGAAAAUGAAGAAGAUUUCGUGCAUCUAUAAAGAUAUAAUAUAUAUUGACGAUGAUAAAUACAAGAUAGGACGAUCGGUUAAGCUGUACGGUAAUGAAACUUACAUACUGACUAAAAGUGAUCAUGUCAAAGUUUCUUGUACAGGUGUGGAAAUCGGUGCUCUUUUACCAACUCGAUGGUACGGGUACAAAGUUGGUUUUCGAAAUUCAACGUCUACUCAUAAUAUUGAACAACCGAGAGGCCGGUAUAGUGCUUGCAAAAACUUAAAUGUUAUGAUUCUCUGUUUUAAGGCGGCUUCGCGUAAUCGUUUCUUACGACGGAUGCCCAAGAGCCAUAACGCACUGAAAGAAUUGGAUGCUUUGUUUUAUAAUAUACACAGUAUAGUAGGUGACGGCACAGAAGCUGCAUUGAUUCCUCUAAUGACAGGCAAAUCUGAAACAGAACUUCCUGACAUGAGAAAGGAAACUUCCAUGGAAUUAAUUGACGAGAAAAAAUUUAUUUUUCAUCUUGCAAAGGAGAACGGUUAUCGGACUGCUUUCUUCGAAGACACAGAAUAUAUAGGAACUUUUCAGAAUCGGUAUAAUGGCUUCAAACGUCAGCCGGCUGACCAUUAUCUAAGGGCUUUUCAUCUCGAAACGAUGCGAAACCACAAAUGGUUAAUUAGUUAUAAGAAGAACAUGCAUUGCGUUGGUUCGAUUCCAUUAUAUAAACAAUUACUUAACUUGACACUACAGAUUCCAAAGUUGAAGAGUAAAUAUUUUUGUUUCACGCUGAUAGGACAAAUUUAUAAUGACCCUUAUAACCUUAUCCCUACAGUUGAUGACGAUAUGGCAGAAUUUCUCGGAAAUCUCAAAUCUUCUGGAUCAUUACGGAAUACUUUAUUAAUGGUACUUGGUGAUCACGGACCGAGAUUUGGUGAGUUUAGAAAUACGUACCAAGGAAAAUUGGAGGAGAGGUUGCCAUUAAUGGCUUUGGUACUUCCAAAGGGGUUUAAGAAAUGUCGGCCAAAAAUCGCAGCAGCCGUUGAAGCUAAUACUAAGAUAUUGACGACGCAUUUCGACGCACAUGCCACAGUACUAGAUGCAAUGGGCUUGGAGGACCAUAUAAACGCAUUUAAAGUGUUCGGCGCUAGUGUACCUCGAGGUAUGAGUCUGUUAAGAUCGAUUCCUAAAAACAGAACCUGUGGUGAGGCUGGUGUAUUGCCGCAUUGGUGUGUAUGUUUCAAGUGGUCGAAUGUACCGAAGCACGAUCCAAUGUUUUAUACUGUAGCUACAGUAUUGACUGAAUUCAUCAAUAAUCUAACGGUCGUUGUAAGGGAUCAAUGCACAGAGCGGAAAUUGACGUCAGUGGUGUGGGUGAUGAGACAAAGUCCUAAUGAGGACGUUCUCAGACAUGAGCGUGAUAAUAAGGGAAUAACGAGUUAUUUGGCAUAUGGAAGGGUGAUGCGACCAAGCAAAGAAUACUACCAGACUAAGGUAAAAAUGAGCCCGGGGGAAGCAGUGUUUGAAAGUACUCUUACUUAUCUGGUCGACCGGUCUGCAUUUGAGUUACGAAAGACAGAGAUCUCACGUGUUAGCUCAUACGGUGAAGAGUCUUUCUGCAUCAGGGAUACUCAUCCUAGCCUUUUAGGGUAUUGUUAUUGUAAUCGAAAAUCUAAAUCUACGUUUUCGUAUAAGACUUUAAGAAUCAAUAAAGACUAAUGUUUCUUCCUUAUUUGAUAUAUUUUUUAACUUUAAAAUAUUGCUUUGACUUGUAACAUAUGCCAAAACCUACAAAUUAAACCUGUUAGAAAGCUAAUUAAUAUACAUGGCAUUAGAGCUUAAGGUUAUUAUUAAAUCGCAAUUGAUGUUUGUGCAAAUGACUAUAAGCCUUCUUAACAUAUAUUUUGCGGAAUCGUUUGCAACUGGCUGUAGUAUUUUAUAUUUCAUUAAGUUGUACUGUGUAGAAUACUGCAUGAUAUAAUAUAAACAGUGGUUUCCUCAAUUUGUAUUGUUCUCACUUCUUGAAAUUGCGAUUCCUUGCCGGAUAAGCAUGGCAUUUGCAUACCGGACCU